AAAAACCUUUGACCUAGAAGUGUUACACUUGUAUUACCAUAGUCAUUCUUCUUUUGGCGAUAUUGGCGCACCCUACAUAUUAAUUUUUAAAGUGUCUGGAAAAGCCGACUACACAGAGUUUCCUCUGAAGAUCACCUGUGCGAUAUCUAAUGCUCUUGACAAAAUAUGGCAGGUGAUAUGUGUCUAAAAGCAUUUUGCCUUAAAUGCCUACUUAUUUAUGUGAGCGCAUUCUGCCGGAGCAGUGACCAAAGCGAAAAAUGUGUCGGUCCUAAAGAAUUCAUUUGUGUACCAGAUGAAUGUGGAAAUCCAACGUACGUUUGUGAAGACCCAUUUCCCGUUGAACCAGGGAAGUGUCCAUAUUUUAACAAGCAACUUCAGAGAAUGGACGUCACAGAGUGCACUGCAGAACAAGUGUGUUCCAGUGUACCUUACCUAGCAUCAGCUCUUGUUCAGAAAAGCGAAGAUUGUCUGACAAAUCCCAAAAGGACAAAUCGCUGUCUUGACCAAAAUUCGAAAAG